AUGGCAAUCCCCAUCCCGGCCUUCUCCGUGCUUUCCCCCGCGUUGCCCCGCGCCAUCUCCAUCCAGACCCUCACCACCACGCGCCCGCCCCGCCUCUGCCGCCGCCGCCGCCGCCGCCGCGUCCCCUCUCUCUCCGCGCAAACGCCUGCUCCCUCGUCCGACCCCGCCACCCCUCCCCCGCCCACCCCCGCGACCCCCCCUUCGCAGCCGCCGCUGCCGCCGCCCUCCCGCCUGGCCCUCUCCUCUGCCGCCUUCCUUUCCCUAUCCGCGCUCGCCGUCCCGCCGCUCCUGACGCUGCGCGACGCCCCUGCCGACUUCCUGCCGCACCUGCUCUCGCAUUACCCCUCGCACCUGCUGAUCAUCCUCUUUACCGCUCUCUUCGCCCUGCUGCACUCCGGCCUGGCCUCGCUCCGCCCUUCCCUCACGCCAGUGCUAGGCGAGCGUCUGUACCGCGUCGGCUUUGCGCUGGUCUCGCUCCCGUCGGCGACGGCGCUCAUCGCCUACUUCAUCGCGCACCGCUACGACGGCGCCCAGCUGUGGCGCGUGCAGAACCUCCCGGGAUUGCACGACGCCGUGUACAUAGCGACCUUCGUCUCGUUCCUGCUGCUGUACCCCGCCACGUUCAACCUGCUCGAAGUCGCCGCCGUGCAGAAGCCGACCCUGCGCAUAUACGAAACGGGCGUCACGAGGAUCACCAGGCACCCGCAGCUGUGGGGGCAGAUUCUGUGGUGCGUCGCGCACACGGCCUGGAUGGGGACUAGCUUCACGCUCGUCGCGAGCCUUUGCCUGGUCGCGCACCACUCGUUCGGCGCGUGGAAUGGCGAUAGAAGACUCAGAGACCGCUUCGGGGAGGAGUGGAUUGCAUUCGCGCAGAGGACGAGCAUCGUCCCGUUCGCCGCUGUCGUCUCGGGGAAGCAGAACCUCGCCUGGGGAGAGUUCUUUAGACCAGCGUAUGUAGGGGUUGUCGCAUUUGUGCUGGCGACGUAUGCGGCCCAUCCGCUUAUGUUGAGAGCGGUAGGGGACCUGCAUUUGUAG